AUGAACUUUUCGUGGCAGUCCAUCUGCCUCACGGCAUUCGGCAUCUUCUCAGCAGCUCGCGCGCUGGAUCUACCGGAAUACGCUGGGUUGAAGACAUCGCUGAACAACAGCAUACUCGAAGUCACUCUUCAUAACUCAAAGUCGCUUCGCAACCUCUGGGACCAAGACACGCAGGAUGGAAUGACCGAUCUUGUCGGAAGGCUCCAGAAAGACAACGAAACCAAGGUUGUCAUCUUCAAGAGUGAUGUUCCUCGAUACUUCGUGGGUCAUCUCGACUUGACAGUGCCCAACCUUCCUGAAGUCGUUCCCGCUUUCAGCAGGCUCAUAUAUAACAUCUCGCAGCUUCCCCAGGUCACGAUUGGCGCAGUGGAAGGUAGAGCGCGAGGUGCUGGAAACGAGCUUCUGGUUUCGCUUGACAUGAGAUUCGCGGUCAAGAACGACGUUCUAUUUGGACAGCCAGAAGUUGGCAGUGGUACCAUUCCUGGGGGCGGCGGAUCUCAGUUCCUUCCGGGGUUGAUCGGCCGUGGACUGGCCAUGGAAUACAUCCUUAGCGCCAACGACAUCAACGCGGUGGAUGCGGAGAAGAUUGGCUGGAUCAACAAGGCUUUCGACUCUUCAGCAGAAAUGUACAAGUACAUUGACGGACUCACCGCACGUUUCGCUUUGUUUCCACAAGGAGGAUUAUCAGCCGGUAAGACUGCGAUCAAUCGUCGUACCACGCCUACGCUCGAAGACCUCCAAGGAGAUGUGAACCUGUUUCUCGAACGUAUCGAAGAUCCUAUUGUCCAAGAGUUGUCGGUCAAGGGAUCAGCCGGGAACGAAACAUCGGCCUUUGAAUUAGAGCUCAACCUUGGAGAAAACAUCUUGGUCCUGUACCAGUAG